CCGGCGGAAGAUGGCGGCGGGGCGCUGCGGCGGGCGCCCGCUUCUCCGCGCUCUGCUCGCUCUGCUCCUCGCAGCGGGGCUGGGUCCCGCCGCCUCCGCCUCCUCCUCCCCCCGGGCGGGCAGCCCCGGUGAGCCGCGGAGCCGCGUGCAAGUGCUGAGCGGCUCCAACUGGAGCCUGGUGUUGCAGGGCCAGUGGAUGUUGGAGUUCUAUGCUCCUUGGUGUCCAGCUUGUCAACAGAUUGAACUGACAUGGGAGAGUUUUGCAAAGGAAAGCGAACAUCUAAAUAUCACUGUGGGAAAGGUGGAUGUCACUCAAGAGCCAGGCUUGAGUGGUCGUUUCUUUGUCACAACUCUUCCUACAAUUUACCAUGCAAACGAUGGAGUAUUUCGCAGAUACCGAGGCUCACGGACAUUGGAAGAUCUUGAAGAUUAUGUUUUAGAGAGAAAAUGGGAAGCUGUGGAGCCUGUAGCAGGAUGGAAGUCUCCAUCUUCUAUAAUGAUGCAUGGUAUGGCAGGGCUAUUUCACCUCUCUGGAUGGAUUAGGCAAAUUCAUAGCUACCUCACUGGCACUCUUGGAAUUCAUGUUUGGAUUUCUUAUGCAAUCUUCAUCUCAGCUACCUUAUUGAUUGGCCUGUUCCUGGGUUUGAUACUGGUUCUGAUUUCAGACUGCCUUUGCCCACCCAAGGCAAGAUAUGGAGCUGAAACACCUGAAGCAAUUACCAAGGAUAAUGUGGAGAAUGCAUUGUUAGAAGAACCAGAGGAGGCUGCAGAGCUUUCAGCAGAUGAUGCAGAAGAGAAUGCAGAUAUAAAAGAUCUCUCAGAUGGAGAAGAUGAAGCAAAUUCAAGUGCUGAUGACUCAGAGGAGGAUUUAGCCCUUGGAAAAGAAUCAGAGGAAGAAGAUAUGGAAGACUUAAGUGAACAACCUUUAGUUGAUUCAGAGACUGAAAGCACGGUAAGACAGCGUAAAAGUCAGGUGAUUGAUAAUGGACUAUAGUUGUUUCAGUGCUGCAUUUUCUACACUUGGACCAAAGAAGUAUCAUGCCCUUUGAAGCUGAGGCUUACAGUUGUCAUUUGUGUUUACGCAAAACCUCUGUUCUGUCAGCAGGUGUCUCUUUUAAGCUAAUACUUGCUCUUUUGGUUUGUUUUAUAAGCACAUAUGCUUUGUGUUGUAUAAUGUUAGCCAUGACAAUCAAAGUAAAUCUAUCUUAUCUGUUUCAAAUCUUCUAAGAGAAAAGGGGUAUCAGAGUCUUAGUUCAGUGGCUAUAAAAUGGUCAUCUAUGCUUGUGUUACUUUUUAAGUGUUGGCCUAAGCAAGAUCUUUUAACUCUUUACAGUACCUUGGCAGGACUGUGACUUUUCUGUGUGAAUGUUUGUUGUUUCUAAAUGUCACAGAAGCACCAGAUAAGUGGUAAAGUAGUGAAAGAAGGCACCUUACUAGUCUUCAGUUAAAAAUGUUGUAUAUUAUGGUUUUGUUUUUAUUACUUCCAACUGAAGUAUCUUUCUCUUUAAUUUUUAUCAACGUUUGUUUUUAAAAUGUAUCAUACAUUACACUGUGUGCCCCCAGACUUUUCUGCUUUUGGUAAUUUGGAGGCACGCACCAGACCUCAAGUGUGUCAGCUGAGAUUUUUUUACCCAAGGAAUUUGAGCUAUUGAAAACCUGAGGCUGAGAGAGUGGUAGCUAAACAUGUAAAAUUCACUCAAACUUUUAAAAGGUUUAAAGGAAAUUAUUUUGGUCACGGGGGAUUUUUGCCAAAGUAUGACUGUUGGUUUUUUUUGUUAGCCUCCCUCCUCACCCCUUUAGGUGAUUGUAGCAAGAAGUAUUCAUUUUGCAGUCAGUAGGUUGUAUUUUUCUUGCCAAAUAAAAGCUUGUCAUAUGCAGUGCAGUUCUACCAUUUUCAACUCAGUCCUUUUUGGCAGAACUCAAACUGCUUGUCACUGGAAUUGGCAUGUUAGAAAAAGAGAGGGGCACAAGGCUUUUGCUUUUACUGCUUUUAUCAAGAUAAGCAUGUGUUUAUUGAACAGUGUGAAGUGAAAAUGGCUUACCAGGUAGACAGCAUUAGGUGUGGUUAGAAGACUUAAGUCAUAAAAGAUCUCAGUAUUUUCCUCCUUUGACUUGGUUAAUAUAUAAGGCACUUUUUUUUUUGUUAAGGAAUACCUACAGUGAGAUCCUGUAUGUUCCUGUUUUCUUCAUCAUGUGCAUAAGAUGGUGUCUUAAUCUUGAUUUGUAUAUAUAUAUAUAUAUAUAUAUAUAUAUAUGUAUCUGUAUACAUAUAUUGCAAAACCUUGCUAACAUGCAUGAAUUUAAUCUUCUUCAAGAAUACAGAGUGAUUGGAGAUGGAAUUAUCUCUCAUUAGAAGAGAUAAGUUGCAAGUGCAAAAUGCUGGUUUCCUUUGAGACUGAGAUUAAUCGGGCAAAUUUGUGUUAAAAUUGUUUUGUUGUGGUUUUUUCAAAUGCUCAUGAACAGCAUAUUUACUAAGAAGCUUAACUUUUCCUGUCUGUGUCCUGUUGCAUACUGUAUCUUGGAACUUGGCAUUUGUCUGUUACAGCUGUGCAAAGAACAGAAUUACUAGAUUGAAUAUGAGUUUUCUUAAGGUAUGUUCUGGGUCUGGAGCUUGAAUUUCAUAUAGUAGACACAUGUAAACAUGCUUUCACAUAUCUGAAAACGUACAGUUGGUUAUAUAUAUAUAUACACACAUUGCACUAUAAUGAGAACAGUUUGUCUUGUGCUGUUUGGGCAAUGUCCCAUGUAAUCGAGCAGUUUUAGAAGCUCACAGGCAGCAGGAUUCAGUAGCAGUUGGGGUACACAGUGUCUUUAUAAAAAAACAAACACCAAAACAACAAAAAACCAAAACAAACACUCCAAACUCAAGCUUAAGCUUUUAUUUGCAAAAAUUAGGAAAACCUAGCGGCCGUUGUGGCCUGCAGGGAAGAGCUGUGCACCUAAAAGCUGAGUAUAGAUUUUUUGUUUCCAUGAUAUAUUUGCUUUUUGCAUUAUCUGUGCAUCAGGAGCUCAUAAAAGUUUAAAAGAAAACCAAGACCUUAACCCUAUUUAAUGAGACAAGUAGGAGUCUGUGUGUAUAUUCAGUUAUAUGAACUUGCGUAAGAUAAGAAUGGGCAUAACCCAUCAGUAAUAGAUCCAAAACUACCAGACACUGAAAAAUAGAUGGGACUGUAUCCAGUGCAGAUUGAGGGCAGUGAUGCCUUUGGUUGUGUACCAAAGAGGAUAUUUUACACUGCAUAGAGUCUUCUGAUAUUCCUUGUGUAGGAGGGAGCGUGUCAAUAUUACAUUUUUAUUCAGUUCCUUUUUACUUUUGUAAUACAGUGACAGUCACCUAAUGUCCUCUUCAGCUGUUUAAAGAGGUCUUAACUUUAAAAGAUACAGAACAUCCAUACACCUAACACUCUUUGUAUGCUGUUGGGAGUAUGAAGUAUUAAAAAGUCAAAUGGAGCACUUCUCAGUGCUCAAGAUGAGAUAUUUGUGCACUUUGAAUGUGUAGACAAAUCAGGUGUUCCCACAAGAGUUGGAUUUCAGUACAGCCUCAGUGAAUUUAAAACAAACAAAACCACAAUCCACAAGCAAUACUUCAUGCUUCAAGUUACGGGAUGUAUGAGAUGCUGUAGGAAAGAUCAGAGACUCCUUUGUGUGGUGGUUCUUUGAAAUCUGUUUUUGUGUGUCACUGUUAAGUUUGAAUUAUUUAAAAUGAAGAUGUUACAUACUUUUCCGUCAUAGUAGACCUAAUUGUAAGAUCACUCUCUGAGCAGGGAUUAAGUAAGCAGGCAGCAAGUGACAGCAGUUCAUGUCUUCAUAGUUCUGUCUUGUGAAUGUGGAAAUGAGCUGUACUAGGCUUUUAAAGUGUCUUGAACAUAAUUUGUAUGUGAUUGCUCCUGUUUUCUUAUUAAUAAAGUAGGGAAUAUUAAUGCUGACUUGGGUUUGACUGUAUUUGACAUGUUUUAGAGUAUAUUGUUACAAAGAUCGCUAAAUUGUGAUUUAAUACUUCAGAGAAACAGAUGCUGUGCAACCACUGAUAUCUCCAACGUAGUUUUACAAUUGUAGGAAAAAUAUUUUAGCAUGAUAAUGGAGACACUCAACUUUAACUAAUAUAGUUUAUCUGGCAAACAAGUAGCUAAUACUGUGAAGACUAAAGUUGUGGUUAAUCAGACUACUAGCUAUGCAGUCAAAUAGUAAUGUUAAUGUACCUUCCAGAAUAGUUUUUUUUUCCCCACUAAAACAUAUUUUAAUUGAAUCAUGCAAGUACAGUACUAAUUAGAUCAUUACAGUAAGUACUAAACUUGGUGUGUUUCCAAAAAAAAAGUCAGUAUCAACCUUUUUUGCAAUCUGCGUGUUCUGUUAUCUGGGUUCUGUUACGAUUAAUUAAAAAAAUGGAACUUGUUUUUGCAACCUCAGUAUAGACAAAACGCCCAUGGAGAAGCUGCUGUUAAGUGUUAAAAAUGUUUUGUUCAAGGAUGGGGCUGUAAGGCUUGAAAAGUAGAGCUGUAUGUCAAAAAUAACUUAAUGUUUUUGAGAACCAAUUUAAAUUCCAAAUGCGAUGGCAUGCCACUCUUGAAAACCAUUUCCUGAUGGAGCUGGGCGUGAAUGCUCACAAGCAAGUAAUUAAAAAAAUCUGGUGAGUUACUUAUUAAAGAGAUUAGAAAUACAUAGAGCCUUUCAAAACUCCUGUUCUUGAGAUUUCUGUGAAACUUGUAUGCAUGUCUUAUAAUUCUGUAUAUAUGCUGCAACCCUGCUGGGCAGCAUUUUUGAUGUGGGUUUUCUUAUGGAAAUGUUAUACAGGAUUGUCAUUUAUAUGGAAUUGUUGCAAAUUUAUACUGUGAGUAUUUUUACAGAAAUUCUGUAUAAAUAUUGUAUUUUUCAUUA